AUGCAUGCCAGAAACCCCCAUUCUCCUUUUCAAAGACUACAUAUGAUGGAUUGCGAUCUUUCAGCUCAGCAGGACACAGGGACCAUGCAAGCUGUAAUUGGUCAGGAUCCAAUGAUAGCUGGACAAGUCAGUAAGCCCUUGCUGUCACUGCGGAGUGAAAUGAAUGCAGAGUUGAGAGGUGAGGACAAGGCAGCUACUUCAGACAACGAGCUGAAUGAGCCCCUGCUUGCGCCUGUGGAAUCAAAUGACAGCGAGGACACUCCCAGCAAGCUCUUCGAGGCCAGAGGAAACGCGGUGCUGUCUGAUACGAGCACAGUUGACCAACACCAACCCAGUCAGUCCCAUCCUGCCUUCCCUGUUGGGCCCCAGCCAUUACUGACAGCCCAGCAGUUAGCCUCAGCGGUAGCAGGGGUGAUGCCAGGAGGCACUCCAGCCCUCAAUCAGCCCAUCCUUAUUCCUUUCAACAUGGCUGGACAGCUGGGUGGCCAACAAGGACUGGUCCUAACUCUACCUACAGCUAAUCUCACCAACAUCCAAGGGCUGGUAGCAGCAGCUGCAGCAGGAGGCAUUAUGACUUUGCCAUUGCAAAAUCUACAAGCUACCUCAUCCCUGAACUCCCAGCUGCAACAACUUCAGCAUCUUCAGCAGCUCCAGCAGCAGCAGCAGCAACAGCAGCAGCAGCAGCAGCAAGGGCAGCAGCCGCAGCAGCAAGGGCAUCAGCAGCAGCAGCAAGCUCAGCCGGCACAGCCUCCACAGCCAGCCCAGCAGACCCCACAGCCGCAGCCAUCAGCUCAGCCACAGCAGAACCAAACGCAGUCCCAGAGCCAGAGCCAACCACCUCCGGCCCCACAGUCCUCCAGCUCUCCUCAGAAACCCAGCCAGUCACCAGGACAUGGCCUCCCAUCUCCUCUUACUUCACCAAAUCCACUGCAGCUGGUUAAUAAUCCCCUAGCAAGUCAGGCGGCAGCGGCGGCAGCGGCGGCGGCCAUGGGCUCCAUAGCCAGCUCGCAGGCCUUUGGCAACGCGCUCUCCAGCCUCCAGGGCGUCACAGGUCAGCUCGUCACUAAUGCACAGGGCCAGAUUAUAGGAACAAUCCCACUGAUGCCUAAUCCAGUCCCCUCCAACCAGACAGCAGGUGGAGCCCAGGGCCUUCAAGUGCAGCCGAUUACUCCACAGUUAUUGACCAAUGCCCAGGGUCAGAUCAUUGCUACUGUCAUCGGCAACCAGAUACUCCCAGUGAUCAACACCCAGGGAAUAACACUAUCCCCACUCAAACCAGGCCAACAGCUCCAUCAGCCCUCCCAGACGCAAGUGGGACAAGCAGCCUCACAACCCAAUCUCCUGCAUUUGGCUCACAAUCAAGCAUCUAUGUCUCAAAGCCCAGUGCGUCAGGCUUCCUCUUCUUCCUCCUCAUCCUCCUCCUCUUCAGCUUUGAGUGUUGGCCAGUUAGUCAGCAAUCCUCAGACAGCCACUGGAGAGGUGGAUGGGGUGAAUCUGGAGGAAAUCCGAGAAUUUGCCAAAGCUUUUAAAAUCCGGCGCCUCUCCCUUGGCCUGACACAGACUCAAGUUGGCCAAGCUCUAAGCGCCACCGAAGGCCCAGCCUAUAGCCAGUCUGCCAUCUGCAGACACACCAUCCUGAGAAGCCACUUUUUCCUACCACAGGAAGCCCAAGAGAACACUAUAGCUAGCAGUCUGACAGCCAAACUGAACCCUGGCCUUUUGUAUCCUGCCAGGUUUGAAAAGCUGGACAUCACCCCUAAAAGUGCCCAGAAGAUAAAGCCGGUGCUUGAGCGGUGGAUGGCUGAGGCUGAGGCCCGCCAUCGAGCAGGUAUGCAGAACCUUACCGAGUUUAUCGGAAGCGAACCAUCCAAAAAGCGCAAGCGGCGUACCUCAUUCACGCCCCAAGCCCUUGAGAUCUUGAAUGCCCACUUUGAGAAGAACACGCACCCCUCUGGGCAGGAAAUGACAGAGAUUGCCGAGAAACUGAACUAUGACCGCGAAGUAGUUAGAGUUUGGUUCUGCAAUAAGAGGCAAGCACUGAAGAACACAAUUAAACGCUUGAAACAACACGAGCCUGCGACAGCAGUUCCUAUGGAGCCCUUAACAGACUCGCUGGAAGAAAACUCCUAA